CAGCAGCCGGUGGUGCUCACGGCUCCCCAGGCGUGGUGGGCCUGGGGACGGGCACAUCGAGGGCAGGGUGCGACCUCUGGGACUUGUUUUGCUGCGCUGUGCAGGGUCAGGAGCUCCCUCGUGCCCUCCUGCCCACUGUUCCUGGGUGGUGUCCCACCCGGGGGGAGAGCCGGGGUCAGGCCAUGCAGCCGCUCUCCACGCUCAGAAAGCCACGUUUCCAUCGUGCCACAAGGGCCCCGUGCUGAGCCCCCGAGAACGUGGGGUCUGGAGCCCCCAAGAACGUGGGGUCUGGAGCCCCCGAGAACGUGGGGUCUGGAGCCCCUGAGAACGUGGGGUCUGGAGCCCCCGAGAACGUGGGGUCUGGAGCCCCCGAGAACGUGGGGUCUGGAGCCCCCAGGCACGGGGCCGUGCCCGUGAGUGGUGCUCCUUCCACGGGCAGCAGCGGGGUCGGUGCCAGGCCCGGCUGUGCCCCUGGGACUCGCUGCUGUGUUCUGGAGCAGCGGCGGCUCAAAGGAUGAACACACACUGUGCUGGGGUCUGCCUGCAGCCCACUGCUCAAAUUGAAAUUAUUCCAUGCAAGAUCUGUGGAGACAAAUCAUCAGGAAUCCAUUAUGGUGUCAUUACAUGUGAAGGCUGCAAGGGCUUUUUCAGGAGGAGUCAGCAGAGCAAUGCCACCUACUCCUGUCCCCGGCAGAAGAACUGUCUGAUCGACCGGACCAGCCGCAACCGCUGCCAGCACUGCCGGCUACAGAAAUGCCUGGCUGUGGGGAUGUCCCGGGAUGCUGUAAAGUUUGGCCGGAUGUCCAAAAAGCAGCGGGACAGCCUGUACGCGGAGGUGCAGAAACACCGACUGCAGCAGCAGCAGCGCGACCACCAGCAGCAGCCGGGAGAGGCAGAGCCGCUCACCCCCACUUACAAUAUCACCACCAACGGGCUCACAGAGCUGCACGACGACCUCAGUAAUUACAUUGAUGGGCAUACCCCUGAAGGUAGCAAAGCAGACUCUGCAGUUAGCAGCUUCUACUUAGACAUACAGCCUUCUCCAGAUCAGUCGGGUCUUGAUAUUAAUGGAAUCAAACCAGAACCAAUAUGUGACUACACACCAGCAUCGGGCUUCUUCCCUUAUUGUUCUUUUACAAAUGGGGAGACCUCUCCAACUGUGUCCAUGGCAGAAUUAGAACAUCUUGCACAGAAUAUUUCCAAGUCACACAUGGAAACUUGCCAGUACUUGAGAGAGGAGUUGCAGCAGAUAACAUGGCAAACUUUCCUGCAGGAAGAAAUCGAGAACUACCAGAACAAGCAGAGGGAGGUAAUGUGGCAGUUGUGCGCAGUCAAAAUCACAGAAGCUAUUCAGUAUGUAGUGGAAUUUGCCAAACGCAUUGAUGGCUUUAUGGAACUGUGUCAAAAUGAUCAAAUUGUGCUUUUAAAAGCAGGGUCUUUAGAGGUUGUGUUCAUCAGAAUGUGCCGUGCCUUUGACUCCCAGAACAACACAGUCUACUUUGAUGGCAAGUAUGCUAGCCCAGAGGUUUUCAAGUCCUUAGGUUGUGAAGACUUCAUUAGUUUUGUGUUUGAAUUUGGAAAAAGUUUAUGUUCUAUGCACCUGACAGAAGAUGAAAUAGCUUUGUUUUCUGCGUUUGUUUUAAUGUCAGCAGAUCGCUCAUGGCUUCAGGAGAAAGUGAAGAUUGAAAAGCUCCAACAGAAGAUCCAGCUGGCACUUCAGCAUGUCCUACAAAAGAACCACCGAGAGGAUGGGAUUCUAACAAAGUUAAUAUGCAAAGUGUCUACUUUAAGAGCACUGUGUGGACGACAUACAGAAAAGCUUAUGGCAUUUAAAGCAAUAUACCCAGACAUUGUGCGACUUCAUUUUCCUCCACUUUACAAGGAGUUGUUCACUUCAGAGUUUGAGCCAGCAAUGCAAAUUGAUGGGUAAACGUAUCACCUAAGCACUUCUAGAAUGUCUGAAGUACAAACAUUAAAACAAAAGAAAGGAAAAAAAAAGGAAAAAAAAAAAGAAAGAAAACCAAGACACUUUAUAUGGCCCUGCACAGACCUAGGGAGCCAACACACUGCACAUCUCUUGGCGGUCGGGGUCAGGCGAAGGAUGGGAAACAAUGACACAAAGUUGAACUUGUUUUUCUCAUGCAUAUGAUUUCCAUUAUGCCUACAAAUAUGGACCCUUUUUCUGUCUCAGCUUCUCAAUCCUUGACCUCUGUUUACACAGACUGAGGGUACUAAUGUCAGAAGGUUGUUUUCUCGUGUAGUUCACUGCCCAGACUUUUGACAGAACAAUCAAUUUGUUGAUCAGAACAGAGUCCACCCAAUAAUCAGCGACUGGUGUGAGGUGCAGAGAUUUCAGCAUCAGUUUGCACAACUUGCUCAUUGUUUCAUGAAGGACGAUUUUUUUCACCUACCACUGUUUGCCAGUAGACAGAACGGCAUGAAAAGGGUCCAUAGCAAUAGCAACAAUAGCAUUAUAAUAUAUUACAGGGUAAAUGGGCAUGAAGACUAUAUAUAGCAAAAGAGAUAUUGUUUAUAUAUUGUUUUAAUUAAUAUAAAAUGUAGUUACUGGUAUAGCUUUUCUCGUUGAAUUGAUAAGGCACUUUCAUUUUGCACCUUUUUCUUUAAAUUAAAUGCUAGCGUGUUCAUUGUUGUGUUGCAUGUGCACCAGAAAUUCAAGUUUAACUGAAAAAGGUUUGGCAGGUACUGGUACAUUGGGAGGUAUUUAUGCUGCUGUUUUCCAUGUUACUUUUAAAGAGAGGCUGGUCAUAUCCUGAAAUGGUUACAGAUUUUUUUAAAGAGUUCAAAAUAAUGACAAUUUUCUACAUAAAAAUAAUCUUUCCAGAUGUUAAAUUCAAAGGUACUUUUAUUUUUAAAUCUUUCAAACCUGGAUGUUUAAAAUUACAUGCCUAAAUUCAAAUUUAAGUGCGCAAGUCAAAAGCCUCAUUGUCAAAGGUGCUGAGUUUCACUGUCAGAGUCAAACUAAGCAAUUGCAGCUCAUUUCCAAAUGAGUAACACAGCACCUCUGAAAAAUCAGGCUGUUAAAUGGUGUAUUUCUGCCCACCAUAAAUCCAGGUUUGAAGAUACUCAAGUCUGUAUCUACAGUAAAAGUAUGUGUGUAUGACAUGUAUGUGGAAAAGUAAUUUUUAUACAUAAUAUUCCAUACUUUUGUACUCCAUAUGGUAAACAAUGCCUUCAGACUCAAACGUGAGCCCAGCAAACCCAGAAGGGGUUUGACUGCAGGGAGAUGAGACCCUGACCCCUGUUCUUCCAGCAUCCAGCAGUUCAGUUCCAGGGAGCUGAUCAGAGAAGUCCAUUGCUCUCCUUGUUUAGAAAGAAGCACUUUAAAGUUUAGCAAAUGGGGACUAACAAAGUAAAGGCAACACUGUUGCUAGAAAGCAUUGGUUCUACUCUGUAUAAUGCCUGGAAAUCAUUAAUAUCAUAAAUCUGCAUUCUGUAAUUCUGACUCCUGUACUGCAGAACCAACUAAUAAGCUGAAUCUUGCAGUCUUAUUAAUUACAUUCCCUCCAGGAAGAAUUCUGUCUCUGAGCAAAUCUGGCAGCAAACCCAGUGCUGAAGGAGGCAGAUUCACAGUAAACAACAUUACAAACUGAACUGUGACUGUUUGAGCCAGAGAUGUGUAAUUGGGUUUGGAUGAGAUGGAGAUGCAUAACUGAAUGCCCUGUGGGCCUGCACAAAGGAGGUUUCUGAUAAAGUACAAAAGAAAAAGCUGGGAACUUCAAAAAAGGAAAAGGAAUGAGGCAGAAUGUGCUUUAGUUUCCAAGGGUCAACAAUCUCACGUAUGUUACAGUUGUUGAGAAGUAACACGUGAGUAGAAGCACACUGAAGCCUAAGGAUUUUAAAAAGGAGAACGGGGUCAGUGGAUUAUGAUUAGCAAAAUACAGGUUUAUUCUGUGGUUUGAACGUGUUUCCUUUGGGGUCAAUUUGAGACAUUUAGCUGUGACACCUCCUGAAGUGUUCCAGUGUUCCCAUCAGGGAGGCUCAGAGCUGUCACUGCUCUCCAGGGUUUGGAGGGAGGGAGAGGAGCAUCACUUCCCUCCCCAGAGCAGUGACCCCGAGUGUGGGAGGGCAGCACCUGCAGCCCUGGGAGCACUGGGGUGGAGUCAGGAGAGGGCUCCUGGGAAAAGCCCCCAGAGCUGUCUUUUGCUGCUCCAUCCUGCUGCUCCUGGAGAGGGGGCUCAGCCCAGCAUGUGCCCUCCCCAUCCCACUGGAACACGUCUGGAAUCAUUGUUUACUUUAUUGGAGUAACUGGCACGAUAUGGUACUUGCAUUCUAAUGUCUGUUCCUAUUUUUGAAGCAACCCUUUUAACUAACAAAUGUUUUCUGAAUGUGACCAGCCUUAGGUGCUAGUCCUGUAAAGAUCAACUAAACUUAAUCUCAGUGUCAACUAAUGAGUACUGAAGUAAGACCUGUACGUUUUUAGAGAGCAAAAUACAACUCCUGCUUGUGACAAUAUGUAGACUACCAGGUAAAAUAUAUGGGGAUUAAUUUUCAGUCACAUCCUUUUUCUUACCUUUUCCUGAUGAAUAUUAGUACUUUACCAGGCACCUCAGUGCCAGUGGUUUUGUUUGGAAUCUAGUUUGGCAUAUUUACACUCCUAAGUCAUUGACAACACCAUUUUUGGAGCAUUUACUAAUACAGUACAUAACUGUAAAAGGUUUCAGACAGGGCCUUAGCUGACAGUGAUCUUCCAGGCCAGAAAGGGCUGUCGUUUUUGUUGGUGGGAGCUCCUGUGCUGGCCCCUUGUUAAAUCAGGCUGUGCACACCCCCCAGGUAACUCUGCUUUCCUGAUCCCAGGGAACAGCCACUGGGCAAAAGAGUGUAAUUCUUGUUUUGCUCUCCAUGGAGAGGGGAAGAAAGGGCUGCAGCCUGGCAGAGGGACUGAUGAGAUCUGCCAAGGAGGCUUUUAUGGAAGGGGACACCGGCUGACACUGGGGUGGCUGGGCAGGGAUGGCCCUGCCAGAACCAGCAGAGCAGAGCAAACACAUCUGCCCAACCUCUGGGACUGGGGCUGGGGUCAGAUGCUCAAACAGAUCCUCAGUUAAAAACAUACCUGAGGUCAGUGGAUAUUCAUGAGUAUUUUCAUAAUCUGCCCAGUUCACUACAAAUAAAACACUAGGACAGCUAAGAGAAAGGAAUAUAUUAGGGUUUAUGACCUGGUCCUCAGAGUCUGCACAGAUGUUUUCAUCGGGUUAUAUCUAUCCAUGGAGAUGUUUUCUGGCUUUCUAGAAGGAGGCACUGUCCUGUCAUUGGAACCACCCUAAUGUGUGUCAUCCCCUCCAGCAUUGAUUGACAUUGAAAAACUAUGGGAUUAGGUAAAAAAGGGAGGCUGUUUUUAAGUUUGGUUGUUCUUUAUUAGCUUCUCUUAGUCUGGAUACCAAGAUAUCUGUGUAUGUGCACCUGUGUGUGUGUGAGAGAGUCCAUUGUGUGAGCACACGAGUGUUUGUGUGGGUCCGUGUGAGUGGCUGCUUCUAGGCUGUUCAGUGUCAAUGAAUAAAGAAAAUGUAUUCAAAAUACUUAAGUCAAAAAUAGAAGGUGGAAAAAAGAUUUAUUCUAUACAAAGCCUUGUCUGGACCACUUUAGAGAGACUUCUAUUUUUUUAACCCUUCUAUAAAUGUUUGAUGGCACUUGAAAUAUUCCUGCAAUAAAAUGUGAUUUGUGUAAACAUUAAAAAAAAAAAAGAUUUUGUAAUGUGAAACAAUGAAAGAAAGUAAUGUAAUUUUUCUAAAAAACAAAAAAAACACAAACGAACGAACUUUGUAUUAUUUUCUUGAUGGAAUUUGUCUAUUUGUCUUUGGAAAACUUUUUAUUUCAUUGAAUGUGCCAUAGUAGAGGUGUGUUUUUCUUUUUCUUUCCUUUUUUUUUGUUGUUUUACAUUUUAGAUUAAAGGAAUAGCUGUGUUCCGACAUUCCAAAAUGCAAGAUGACAUAGCAGUCAUGAUUAAAAGGUUUGAUUAGUAAGCUUCAAUCAUUGUUGCUUUUUUUGCACAUGUUCUUCAUUCCUCUACAGUGCAAUAUGUACAUAGAGCACUUGCGGGUGUAACCUUGAUCCCUCAGGGAAAAAUACAUAUUUGUACAGGAUUUUUCUUUUUUUUGCCUUUUUUCUUUUCUUUCCUUUUUUUCUUUUUUUUUUUUUUUUUUGCUAAGGAAUGUCGAUUGAAUCACUUGUCUGUUGUUGAGGGGCAGCCAGAUAAUAAUCCUAAACCACUGUCACAAAACAUUGAUUGUUUAAAUUUUGUGCCCUUUUAUUAUUUAAAAAAGAAAAAUAAAAGUUAUUUUCUGACAGUUCUUUGUGCUGAUUGGUGAAAAAAAGGGUAAAUAGAUAAGCACCUUAUGAUUGACUUAACUGUGAAUGACAAUCCAUCUCGUUUCCAACAAGAGAAGCCCUAUCAUUUUGGAGCUGGGGUUAUGAGGCAGAAACUAAUGUGCUCAGGGAUCUUCUAAAACUCUUCAACAGGGUGGCCAGUACUGCUGGUGGAACAAAUUGCUUUUUAAAAAAUCUGCUUGUAUUUCUUCCCUUCCCCCUCCCCCAGGCACAGGAGAACUGGAUAUUUUUGUUAGCUAAACGUGUGUGCCUCGUUCUCUGACUCACUUUUGCAGCACGGCUGCUUUUUGGUCGCUAUUUUGUUCGAGACAAAACUCCAAACAGCGCAAAGGCUUCGCAGUUAUAUUUUAGGAAAUAAAUGCUGACCCACUAAAUAAAUGAUUGAAAUUGAUUUCAGUCCCCUCUGGAUGUUUUUAUAACGAUAGGACUAUUUUUCCAGCUGAAAUUCAGUGUUCUGCAACAGGAAAUGGCUUUUCAGUAUUUAAGUUGUCAAAGAAAACAGGUCAGUGGCUGGUAGUACAUUAGGAAUGAAAAGGUCAUGGUUAGGUGGCAGCAGUGAAGUCACACAGAAAGGGACACAGAUCUGCAGGAGUACAGGAACAGCACUUCAGACGUUGUCUGGCGUUGUUGCAGAUGUUCCAUGGUAAAGCAAAGACCUGAGUGGAGAGGAACACUGAGGCUGGAGACAUUGUCGUGUCUAGUACAGCAAACACAGCCGUUCCGAGGGGUUUGGCAGUGCCUGGGAAGUGCCCAGUGCCAGGCUGGAGGCUGCUGGAAGCCUGGCCCAAGGAGCUGUGUGUUGGGGCUUCACUAAAGCAGGGACAAACUACGAACAAAGGGAGCAAGACUUCAAGCCUUUGGUUAUGCUGGGAAGAGAGUGACUUUCUCCAUCAAACCUGUCUGCUUGCAGAAAGCACCAGUUUUCCAGCAUUUUUGAGGGUUUUUCACGGGUAUUUGGCUUCCAGCUGUUUACUUUAGAUUGCUUAGCACCCAGGGAAAGUGGCUUCUCCAGCUGCCAGGCAGUUGAGCCUGGAAUGGCCUUCCCCAGCAGAGCAGGGCUGAGCCAGACUGACCUCCUGAUCAGUUGGUGUGCUUGGCAGCUCCAGCAGAGAAUUCCUGCUGCUGAUCAUAAUAGACCCCGUUCUUUCCAGACUUGCACAUCAACUAAACCUCCUCUUAGAAUGGACAAUCGAUCAGAUGUUUAACUGUGCAAUGGGAUGAGCCAAACACUACAGUAUCUUUUUUUGGAUUGGCAUAGACAGUCCCCAGUCUGUAGUGGAUGAACUGAACAGGUUACACAGGAUAAGCUGUGCAAACAAUGUGUAUUUUUUUCCCUAGACAUUCCUAAACUCCCCAAUGUAGAUAACCCUAUUAAUAUAAAUGUCAGAAACAGCAUUUACUAUACAAUAUCCAAAAAUAAUAAGCAGUUUUCUCUUGAGUAUUCAGUGUAUGAAAUUCUACCUGUGCUAGUGAUUCAGAUUGCACAGAACACCUUUAUUUUCCCUAGCUGGAGAAAUAUAACUAUUAGAAUUAUUUUUUCAUAAUUAAUACUAAUAUUUAUUACUUUAAAAGUUUCAUCCAUUAAUAUAUUUGAAUAUGAGCCUCCUAUUUUCUUUUUGUUUAAAUAUUCCUGUCAGUAAAUCAUUUGGUGGAAAUGAGGGCACAUGCAUACAGAUACCAAAUACAACAACAAAAAGCAAAGUUUUCAAAUGUAAAGGAGUAUUUAUUUAAAAAUCCUUGCAGUAUGUGCUUUAACUCUAGUACUGUGAUAAUGGCUCGCUACGUAAUGCUCAGUCACUGGACUUGGGGGGGAAAUGUGUAACAUUUAGGAGAAUAUACAGUCUAUCUUUGGAACUUCAUUCAGGUACUAAAUAGAAUUUUAACAUCACAACAGAAGCUGUAUUCUACCUUUUCCAUAUGUAAUGUUGCUGUUUGUAUUUUUUUUGCCUUUAUCAUUGGUAGAAUAUAGCAAUAACUUUAUAGCAAUAAGUAGGCUAUCCAAAUAAGAAACAAAACAUGAUAAAGGCUUCAGAUCAAUACUCAUGGGUUCACUUCUUCUGCCACAAGAUUCACUUGUAUGUCUUCCCUCAUCGUCUCAUCACUUCUUCAAGCUGAGCUUCACAAUCAAGUUGUCCAACUUGAUGUGUGCCAUCACCCUUUGUUACCACGUGCCUGUUCUCGGUGUUCCCAUGUCCUGUGUGUACUUGUUCUCCCGUGGUAGUGUUUCUCAGGGGUUCUGAAAGCACGACCUCCGGGGCCGUGUUCUCUCUGUGUUGGCAUGAGCCCCUUUUGCCGGGGCGGGGAUGUGACCGAGCUGUGAUUAGUGGCAGCCUCUCGCUGAGGGAGCCGAGCAGCUGCUGUUCCUGGGACCUCUGGGCUGCUCCAAACGCCCGCAGCCCCCAGGCAGCUCCUGCGGCUGCCCCGGUGUGGGGCUGAGCUGCAUCUCCAGCUCCCUGGGCAGCACAGGGCUGGCCGCGCUGGAGCCCCGCUCCGCUCCCACCCCGAGCGGCGUU